CCCAUGCACUGCGUUACUCCUACAUUGCUUUACAGCUAGCGCAAUCACAGAUCAUACUAUCACUGACAUGCAAUCUCACCAGCUGCAGAUGCCACCAACGGCGCCGACGCCCCGCGCCAGGCCCAAGCGUGCCACUGCGCCACUCGACGCCGCCGCGAGAGCCCGCCUCGCUGCCCUCCCCAGAAGCGCCGACGACAGUAGCGGCAGCGAGCACGACGCGGCGCCCGCACUCUCCAGCCUCGUCAACGAGUACCUCCUCGAGGCGGACGCCACCGUCCGGUCCGCCACCAUCCUCGCCGCGGAAGCCUCCUCCGAUCCGGAAGAAGAUCCCGACGGCACCACCAGCUCGCCAGCCGCGGCGGCGGACACGCUCGAGGAGAUCAAAGCCAGCCUAGAUCCAGACGACGAGCUACGCCGCCGGCUCGUCUUCGCCGUGGCGGACGCCAUGCGCGGGCUGGACGACCUGCGGCCGAACCUGUCGGCGUUCCGGCGCGCCGUGAUGUCCCGCCUGCGUGAGCGCGGCCACGACGCCGGACUGUGCAAGGCGAGGUGGGACAAGUCGAGCGUCAUGGCCGCCGGGAGCCACGAGUACAUCGACGUCGUGGUCACCGGUGGCGAGAGCGAAAAGAGGUACGUCGUGGACGUCAGCUUCGCGGCCGGCUUCGAGGUUGCGAGGCCAACGGUAGAGUACGAGGCGGUCCGGGCGGUGCUGCCGGAGGUGAUGGUCGCGCGCCCUGAGCACCUCAAGCGGGUUGUCAAGCUCGCGGCCUCGGCGGCGCGCCGCUCGCUCAAGCGCAGCAGCCUCAGCGUGCCGCCCUGGAGGAAGAGACGGUUCAUGAUGGCGAAAUGGCUGGGGCCCUACAAGCGGACCGUUAACUCCGUGCAGGCAUCGGCGGGUACGGCAUUGCCAAGCAGUGGCAUGGCGGGGAUCUGCCGGACUAUUGUUGGCUUCUUGCCGCCGCCUGCGGUGGUGGGGACAUCGUCGGACAGGCUUUGGGGUUGAGGUGGCUGCUAGGGGUCUGAAAGAUGCAAUUGUAAAGUUUCAGAUCGCAUGUACAUUAGGUAACUACUAUUGGGGUUUGAUCUAGUGAAAUAGAGGAUGUGUAUAUACAUUGUUGGUUUGUUUGUUCAGUGGGUAUUGUUGAUUCUUUCUGUUCCUUAGCCUUGUAAUAGUAAGUACUAUAUUAACCGGCAACAAACAUAUUUUUUCUUAGAA